CUAAAUCCAAAACCCGGAUACCAACCACCUGACCCGUUUCCAGAUCCAUUUCUUCUUCGUGCACCUGAGAGUAGACACGAUGAGCACGGAGAUGGAGGACUCUUCAGCUGUGCGGCGGCGCGUGUCCUGCACUAAAUACUUCGACGCUCUGUGGUUCUGCUACUGGAUGUCUAGAUGCUCCAACAUAACCAGCAAUGGCGAUGAGACAGAACAAGCACCAUAUUACCAGAUGCAGCAGUACUACCGGGUUGGAAAACUUGAUGAUUGUACUAAGAAGUUCUCUGCUCUCUUUGAUUGUCUUUCCUUAAAGACCAAAAGUGCUUCUGAAGCCGAGAAAAUUAUGGAAGAGCAAGAGAAAGCAGAUGCAGCAAAACAUAUAUGGAUUAUGCGGACACAGGAAGAAGCCUCAAGUCAUUGGAACGAGACUUUCGGGCAUUUGGAUGAUCCCAAUUAUUAGAUAGAAGUACAGUUUCACUUUCUCCACUGGAUUCUUGAUGGUCAUUUUUACUUUCAAGAAACUAGAUUGUUCUGCAGGAUAGAAAAAAGCUUUUGUCAUCAGUUACCAUGAACAUUUUUGAGCUGAGUUAUACCUCAAUCCCUAAAGAAGCGACCCAAAAAGAUGAAGGGAUGUUCGGAGAUCAUUUGUUGAACCGUAGUUGUAUUUGGUUGAUCUGUUAACAGAAAGGUACUGAAUUUUAUUAAUAAAUUUGAUACUAUUUUUUACCG